GGCCACUAGAAGACCAGUGGAGAGGUUCCAGGACCUAUCAACCGAGGAGGUGGGAGAUCUGUUCCACUGUGCACAUCGGGUGGCCCCUGUCAUCAGCAGGAUAUUUGGUGGCACCAGUCUCACCAUAUCAGUACAAAUGCAGGGCAGACAGUGAAGCAAGUUCACGUACACAUCAUCCCUAGAGACUUGGUUCACCUCUCACUCCUAACUCUCUCUCUCUCUCACUCUCUCUCUCUCUCUCUCUCUCUCUCUCUCUUCUCUCUCUCUCUCUCUCUCUCUCUCUCUCUCUCUCUCACACACACACACACAUCUGGGACAUGAGAUACAGUGUAAUAGACUGGAAAUCUGGUGGCAAUGUUUUACGUGUCCUGUUUUCGUGGUGAUAUUGCCAAAUUCAAGUGCUGCCAACAAUAUCCUGUGAGGUAGAAUGCCUCACCUCAGAUAUCUGGAGUGCAGGGUGUGUGUUUGCAGAGCUGCUACUGGGCCAGCCCAUCUUCCCAGGUGACAGUGGAGUCGACCAGCUGGUGGAGAUUAUCAAGGUCCUCGGGACGCCCACCAAGGAGCAGAUACGACAGAUGAACUCCAACUACACUGAGUUCAAGUUCCCUCAGAUCAAGGCCCACCCCUGGAAUAAGGUGUUCCGACCACGGACCUCUCCAGAGGCCAUAGAGCUGGUGAGCAAACUGCUGGAGUACACGCCAGGUCUGAGGGCCAACCCCAUGGAGGCCUGUGCACAUGGCUUCUUUGACGAGCUGCGAGAGCCGGGGAAGACCCUCCCAUCAGGACGAUCUCUCCCUCCUCUCUUUGACUUCACCCAGCAAGUAGGUGAGUUGAGAGCCACCAGCAAUGCCAGCUCAGUGACCAUCUCGUGGAGUGCUCCAUUCUCUCUGGAUGUGACUGGUGUUGAUCCUGAUAUCUGGUACUCUGUCCUCAUCUACAAUGUGACAGAUGAGAACAACCCAACAGCCAUCCUCUGUACUGACUGUAUCAAUAUCACUGAGACACACUACACCUUCACUCCUGACUACCUCAGUCCUUGUCAUGUGUACAACUUCUCUGUCAUCCCUCUGAAUGGAGCUGGCCAGGGAGAGAGGAGUCAAUUUAUCUCUGGAUAUAUUUUGAAGUGUGGUUUUGUUAAAGAGCCUUGCAUUGAAGCUGUCUCUAGAAGUGUAAGCAGAGUGACAUUUCACAUAUUGGGAUGUAUUUGCAGCUACAGAAUGACUCCUAAACAUGGAGAUGGUUGCAUCACUGCUGUGUCUCUAUCUUUACAAGAACUUGCCUUUGACCUUUGUUCUGAUGGAGAAUAUUCAUUUGAAGUUUCUACCUCACCCAUUCCUAUCACUACAUAUGAUGUCCAGAGUGCCACAGUUACUAGUGUCAGAGAUGAUAGUGAGAUCAUUGUGACUGCAGAGUUCCUCAAAAACACGACAGCCAGAGGAUGUUUUGUGGUGCUGCAGUCUGAGAAUGAGUCCACUGCUGAUGUGUUCAGAGCCUUGCUAAGACCUGGACCUAACACCACCCUGACUAGCACCAUCAGUGACACACCAUCAUCAACAUACAGAGCCUUUUUCUAUGACCUGGAGGAAGAUGGACUCCCUAAUAGGAGCCCAGCAUAUGAACCAAACAACGUCAUUACUGUUAAUAGGAACGACGCAGACUCAAAUGUAGCAUCUAAAGUUUUGAAUAAUGUGAGUUUAGUCGUCAAAGACUCGGUGGUUCAGAUAAGGUGUGAGUUCAAAGAAGGUAUAGAGGGAGCCUCAUGUGUCCUGGUCUAUCGAGAGUAUGGUAACAAGACACUAGUGGUGGAGGAAUAUCCUCAGAACACUGUCUUCCCUGUGACUCUGACUGUUGGUGGAGAUCAAUACACAUUCGCAGUCUUUGGAAAGAGCAGUUUUGAUUUAGAAGAAAGACCGAUUGUAACAAGAAAUGUACACGUAACUAGGACAACCACAACACCACAGACUGAAGUAACCACUUCAGAUGAGGAAAGGAUAAUGGAUACGCAAGUUGUUGCCAUAUCCAUAGGUACGGCACUAGCAGGAGUUAUGAUAUGUCUCACAGCAGUGUUGGUGCUACUGGUGGUAGUCAGACAGUGCCACACCCACAGGAAGAAGCAAUCUGCAGCACCAGUGGCAGUGUAUGAUGAGGUAGUUCUUCCCCUGACCACCACCUCCUCCAUUCCAACUGAGCCGUCUCACACUACUACCAUCCCCACUACUGGCAAUGUGGCCUAUGAGACCACAACUCCCAUCAACACUGCUCAUAAUGUGGCUUAUGAAACUCAUAAAAUUCAGUCCACCUGAUGUUGUCCCCAUUUUAUAGUGUUCUUGUAUACCACCACCAGUAUUAGCUAUUGAGUCAUCGACAGUGAUCUUGGAACC